ACGGCCCACGCUUCCACCUCAUCAUGCAUGUCCAGCGCCAGGCUCGCUACUGAAAUUCGCUUGCUCUGCCCUCAUUCCUACGCUGCUUCUCGCUCUCUUCCCCCCGCAGAUGUUGCCCGAGAGCCUCGCUACGUCACGCUUGAUAGUCAUCGCCGCCCCCCUCACACGACUGUCCUAUUCCUCGCCAUUGCUGCGUUGAAUAAUCUGAGAGGCGCAUCUAGAGGUCUUCCUGGUUCCUGACAGCUGCAAUAUAUCGUAAACAUGGGGAGAGACAGCGACGUUCCGCAACCCGGACCCGCGCGCCUUUCGAAAGGCGCGGGGCCGGACGAGUGGUUAGAGCAGGCCAAGCAGUGCAAAUACCUGCCAGAGGCCGAGAUGAAGCGCCUCUGCGAAAUCGUCAAGGAAUGCCUCAUGGAGGAAUCCAACAUCCAGCCUGUCCGGACACCCGUAACAGUCUGCGGUGAUAUACAUGGCCAGUUCUAUGACCUUCUCGAGUUGUUCCGCGUCGCUGGGGGUAUGCCUAGCGAUGCCCCAACCGCCCCACUUGCUCCCACCAUACCCCCAACCAUAAAGCCAGAGGAUAUUGAGCCGCCAACCACGAUCAAGGAUCCCAGAGCGAAAAGGAAAAUGAAGCGGAGAUUCCAGAGCGACGAGAGAUAUACCGGUCCAAGCAGUCCUAACGAGGGUGGAGAUUUGGAGGAAGAGGAAGAGGAGGAAGAAGAACGCGGUCGGAGUAGGAGCAUCACAGGCCGAAGAAGCACGGAAGAAGAAUCAGCUACGCGCAAUAUCCCCGCGGGCAACGGGCAACAGAACUUCAUUUUCCUGGGUGAUUUUGUAGACCGAGGCUAUUUCAGUUUGGAGACGUUCACGCUGCUGAUGUGCUUGAAAGCCAAGUUCCCCGACCGAGUUACGCUUGUCCGCGGAAAUCACGAGUCCAGACAGAUUACCCAGGUAUACGGUUUCUACGAGGAGUGUCAGACCAAAUACGGCAAUGCGUCCGUAUGGAAAGCCUGCUGCCAGGUUUUUGAUUUCCUUGCGCUGGCAGCAAUUGUAGAUGGCAAAGUUCUCUGCGUCCAUGGUGGACUCAGUCCUGAGAUCCGAACACUGGAUCAAAUCCGUGUUGUUGCGAGAGCGCAGGAGAUCCCACACGAGGGUGCCUUUUGCGAUCUGGUCUGGAGUGACCCGGAAGAAGUCGAUACAUGGGCCGUCUCCCCAAGAGGUGCCGGAUGGCUAUUCGGCGACAAGGUGUCAUCAGAGUUCAACCAUGUCAACGGAUUGCAACUCAUCGCUCGAGCGCAUCAGCUUGUGAACGAAGGCUACAAGUACCACUUCAAAGACAAAGAUGUUGUCACCGUCUGGUCUGCGCCAAACUACUGCUACCGCUGCGGCAAUGUUGCUUCCAUUAUGAACCUCGGAGAGGAUCUCAAGCCCGAAUUCCAGAUCUUCAGCGCCGUGCCCGACCACCGACGCGCUGUACCAGCAGGACGGGGUACCCGUGGUGAAUACUUCCUUUAGUUGUCCUAUGUGUACGUACAUAUUUUGGGUGCUUUGGACAAGAUACCUUGUAUAGCAUGGCAGGCGAUAGACCUGGUGGAGGUAUCGAAAGCAUGGCGCACUGCAUUGCUAUGAUGAAUGGAGGUGAAACAAUACCCCGGAGUUGGAAUGGACUAGCAAUGAAGGCUUUGUAUCAUAAUAGAGUGGCCGCAGCACUCGUAGCUGUAGGAAUAGCAGCGACGUUGAUGGAGCCAUG